CCCUGGUGGGAGGCUCAGCCCUUGGUUAGGGAAAAACAGGGAGGCCCUGGAGCUGCCCCCCACUCCCCAUGUUGGAACAUCUGUGUUUAAGUGUGAUUGCUGUACUCCUUUCACUGUUUGACUGUGCCACUGUCUGUGUAUAUAGUGAUUACACCUGCUGUACUCUUAUGGACUCGAUGGCAGUGGGUAUGGGUUUGGUACUCUUAUGAGGCCCUUGUGAGAAUCAGAACAUCUGAACUUCCAGCUCAGACCUGGCUUCCAGGUCCUACUGUUAGGUCUCAGCUAAGGCUGCUUACUAUAAUGUUAGAGUAGAUUGGAUGAAACCCUGAAUGCAAAUGGAUGCUCCUGCCAAGUGAGAAGGCAGGACUCCACCUCUGACUGGCACCACUCCCAGCCCUGCCUUAGCUCCCUAGCAACAGCUCCGCGUCUCCAUCUGAGGAUACACGAUGGCAGGCAGCAGUCCAGUAGCCAAGUGGGUAGUGGUGUACAAGAAUGGGGAUCCUUUCUUCCCAGGCCGCCAGCUGCUGGUGACUCAGCGCCGCUUCCCCACCCUGGAGAGCUUCCUCUGUGAGGUGACAUCUGCCGUGCAGGCCCCACUGGCUGUGCGUGCCCUCUACACACCCUGUCAUGGCCACCGUGUCACUGACAUGGCAGAGUUGCAGAACGGAGGACAGUAUGUGGCUGCCGGCUUUGAACGAUUCUGCAAGCUCCACUACUUAGCCCCUGGAGAGAAGGAUCCAGGCAGGAAGAGCAGCAGACCACCAGGUCCUCCUGUGACUCGCCACCUGUGUGAUGGGGCCCUUGGACGGUGGCUGCCUCCAGGUGCCCCCUGCUAUAUCCAUGUGUUCAGGAAUGGGGACCUGUUAAGUCCCCCAUUUAGCCUGAAGCUGUCCCAGGCUGCCAGGCAGGACUGGGAAACAGUGUUGAAGCUGCUGACCGAGAAGGCCAAGUUGCAGAGUGGGGCUGUGUGCAAACUCUGCACGCUGGAGGGGCUUCCACUGUCGGUAGGGGAGGCUCUGGUGAGCGGCCAUUACUAUGUGGCUGUCGGACAGGAUGACUUCAAGGCCCUCCCCUACCUAGAGCUGCUGGUGCCCAGCCCCUCCCUGCCCAGGGGCUGCUGGCAGCCCCCAGACCGGAAGUCUAGGCCCCACAGGCAGGCGGCCCAUGGCCACAGGGCACAGGCAACUCAGCCCACUCCAAAGGAGCCAGCCAGAGUUGAGCCAUCUGCUUUCUAUGCCAGACCCCAGGAGGCCACUCAGCCAAGAAGCAAACUCCCCCUUCUCCCAUUUUCAUCUGGAGUCAAUGGAGUAUAUGGGGCUCCCCACCCAGGGAAGGAGACAGCAGGGGCCCAGGAAGUAGCAGAUGAUGAAGACACCCAGACAGAGGAGCCCUUGGAUCAGAGGGCAGCAAAGAUGGUGGAAGAGGCCUUGUUCCUGGGAAGUGACCAGCCUGGGGCUGGGGCAGCUAUCUCAGCCUCAGCCCCUGCUCUACCAUCUUGAGAGCCAGCAGCUCCAGCCAGAAAUUGGGGACCAUCACAUCACUCUGCAGCCACCUUUUGUCCGCAGCCUCCAGCAGCCGGUGCCCUCCCUGGGCUUACAAAGUAGGCUGUGGCCUCUUUAGCCCCCCCCCACUCUUCCUCUGGUCCUAAACCUACCACAGCUCUCCGAGCAGAGCAGCCUUAACUGCAAAGGCCAUUUCCUUACGGGCUUCUCUGGCCAGGGAAAGGAGUAGCAGACUGAACUCGGGGGAGAGGCCACAAAGUUUGGAGCGAGUUGGGCACAAUAAAAGAAUACUUACUAAACUUUGUUUACUACAGAUUUAUUACCAGGCAAUGCACUGGGUGAUGGAGUUAGCUAGUGCUGGGGCUCACAGUUGUCCUACCAUUUGAGAUGGGCUGGCAGUUGAGGAAUCCCGCCCAUCUCAUGGGUGGGACAGCUCAUCUCCCCUACACCUGCCACUUCUCCCCUCAAUUCCACCCCUUCAGUCAGCCAAGGUACUCUGACUGAGCCCUGGGGCCUCCUGUUUGCAUUUCUAGCUCAAAGACUGCAGAGGUCCUUUGCAUGCUGCUGGGGCUCUGUAGCUCAUCGGUGCUGCUGCUGCAAUGGCCCAGAUCAGGCCAUAGUAAUGGGGGCUGGUCAGGGGGCCUGAGAUGAUAGCAGAAAGGGAACUGCUGUGGGUGAGUGUGAAGUCUCCUGUGUUAAAUCCUAGCAGCUGAACAGCACCUGAAGGUUUCAGAAUCUUUUCACUCUGUUCUCUUACUGUGAUCCACGAGGUAGCUAUUAUCCCCAUAAGGGAUGAGGAAGCUGAGGCUCAGAGAGGGGAAGUGCUAGGUCUCUGCUCACACCUGGAUCUCAUGGGCCAGUGGCUUCCUGGAGACAGCAGAGCUGGUGGGUGGGGUCUGUGCAUUCAGAGGGUGGACAGUUGCCCCUGGGUCUUGCUCACUGAACUUGUGAUGCAGAGUGCAAUUCCUGUCACGGUGAGCACCAUGCCUGCAACUGCUUCUGCAAUAACAGGCAGAAAUGGAAGAGCUGUGAGCCCAGCCAUGCCAGCAGGAGCUAGUACAGGGCUGGGGAAGGGUUUGGGGCAUCUGGUCCCAACUCCUACCCCAACCUCUGUCCCCAACCCAGACUGCCUAGGGGAAAGCAGCUCUAAUGGCCACAAGGAAGCAGCAGAGGCUGGACAGCCAGAGGAGCCGGGCAGAACGGAGAAGGGCCUCUCCCUACCUGUCCAUCUUUCAGUUAGCAGCACACCUUUUUUAACCAUUUGGGCUCUGGAAAAGAACUAAUGUGGGUGUGUCAAAGCCCAAGUAGCUGCUUCCCACACUCCCAGUGGCCUGACUUACGUUUUCC